AUGACUGUUCCCCUUGCUCUAAAUUUCAGUAACACUGUUGACUUCUUCAUUUUCGCGUUCUACGUUUUGCUGGCCACCUGCACCGUUUUAGUAGCCGGAGUUGUGGUUGUAGCUAUACUACGCUCGAAGUCUCUUCGCACUGAAAAUCGGUUCGUCUUUAUGUUGAGCACCAGUAUCAGCGACACACUUUCUGGUUUUGGGUUAUACUACGGUGGACUUUUUGACGUCAAGGAAGCCUUUCCUCAAAAAAACGGGACUUUCUUUAUACUGCCUACACUACUCGGUGUGAACUUACUAACAAUUUUAAGUGCACAGGUAGAUCGAUACGUCGCCGUGUCCUAUCCAUUCUUUUACGCUCGACGGAUAACUUUGAGAGUUGUAAUUGGCAUUUGUAUGUUUAUAUGGCUUUUCAAUUAUUUUACACUUCUCCUUUUGAAUUUGAUUCCGUGGCAAGUGGCCAUUUCCUUUAACGCGAUAAGUACUAUAAGUGUCCAGGUUUGUUCCGUGGGUUUGAUGAUUGGAUUAAACAUUAAACUCUGUAUAAUUGCUCGCUAUCAGCUGAAGAGGGAGACCCCAAGUCCCGAGACCGACGGUAAACGCUCCUCCUUACUGCUCAUUGUAGCCGUGACCACGUGCUUCCUAGCAUUUUGGACUCCGGCUUUCGUUAACGUCUCACUGUGCGGAUUAACGUCUUUCGGAUAUAAAUCUGAGAAUGAUGCAAUGGACCCUUUCGCCACACUCAUCCACAUGAAUCCUUUUUCUACGCCCACAUUGUACAUUUUAGGAAGCUUUGCUCUUCGAAAGGCAAUUGUGAAGUGUAUACGCUGUGGAUCUUGCUGCAAAGCAAGACAUUGA